AGAUCACUGAUGUGUCAUCGAAUCAUGUCCCUGUUCAAAAACACGAGGAAACAACUGAAAACGGCAUCCACCCUGAACUGGCCAAGUAUAUUUCUGAGACCGAGGAUUCGGCGAGAGCUGCCAGAGGAGAGGAAAGACUGAACCUGUUCUCUCUGGAUCCUGAUAUUCCUGUUUUGAGGAGCCCCAGGAUGGAGUUUGGGGACUCUGCUUCUGUCCAGCCGUUCGAGGAGAAACUCGGGAAGAGACUGAUGAUCUCCUGCCGCUCGCUCAACCUCUCACUGCAGGGCUGCGUCAACGAGACCGAUGCUGAGCCAGUGACUAAUAUCGAGCCUUUCUUCGUGUCGGUUUCUCUGCUGGACAUCCGUGAGGGCAGGAAGGUUUCCGCUGACUUCCACAUGGACCUAAACCACGAGGUUGUGCGGCAGAUGCUCAGUAGCUCUGGCAGUGCAGGAGAUCAAGGCUCGGAUGGUGCUCCGCAGGAAAAUGGCCUCAGCUCGCCUGCAGAGAAGAAAAGCGAGGACUGCCAGUUGAGCCCAGAGCUGGAGAACUGGCUGCACUUCACCAGUCAGGCGAUCUUUUCCAUCACAAACCCGCACACAGACAUCGUGAUGGUGGCACGGGUGGAGAAAGUGCUGAUGGGAAAUAUUUCCAGCAGUGCAGAACCCUACAUUAAAAACACAGAUUCCAGCAAGACUGUCCAAAAGAUGCUGAAAUCCAACAAGCAAUUCUGUAGCAAACUUGGAAAGUACCGAAUGCCUUUUGCCUGGUCUGUAAGGUCAGUAUUUAAGGACAACCAGGGCACAGUGGACCGGGAAAGUCGCUUCUCUCCGCUCUUCAAACAGGAGAGCAACAAGAUUUCCACAGAAGACCUCAUCAAGCUCAUCACAGAGUACAGGAGGGCAGAGAAGGCCAGUAAACUCCAGAUCAUCCCUGGAAACCUUGAAAUAAACGUGGACUGUGUUCCCAUGGAAUGUCCCAACUGUGUGACGUCCUCGUGUGUGGCUCUGAGGCCGUUCCAGGACUGCGGUCUUCACGCUCCGACGGUGGAGGUGGACGAGUUCCUGCAGGACUCUUCUAAGUUUGCUCAGCCUUACAGAGUCUACAAGAAUCACAUCUACAUCUACCCCAAGCACCUCAAGUAUGACAGCCAGAAGAGCUUCGCAAAGGCUCGAAACAUUGCCGUUUACGUGGAGUUCAGAAGCUCUGAUGAAGAACAUGCCAAGCCACUUAAGUGCAUCUAUGGAAAGCCAGGAGGUCCGGUGUUUACCACGACUGCCUGUUCCACCGUUCUGCAUCACUCACAGAACCCAGACUAUUAUGAUGAGGUGAAGAUUGAGCUUCCCGCACAUCUUCAUGAGAAACACCAUUUACUCUUCUCCUUCUAUCAUGUGACCUGUGACAUCAAUGCCAAGACCAGCUCUAAGAAGAAAGAGGCUCUGGAGACUCCAGUGGGCUAUGCGUGGCUGCCUCUUCUGAAGGAUGGACGUGUUUCCUCUCAGGAUUUCAGUAUUCCAGUCUCGUGCACUUUGCCUGAUGGAUAUCUACACAUUAAAGAGCCUUCGUCCACCAAAAAUGGCUCGGAUGUGAAGUGGGUCGACGGGGGGAAGCCGAUCUUCAAAGUGUCCACUUUGGUGCUUUCUACAGUUUAUACUCAGGACCCCCAUCUAAACCGCUUCUUCCAGCAGUGCCAAAAACGAGAGGCAGACCUCUCUCAACCUCCUACCUCGAACUUCCUCAACUGCCUUAAAGGCCUCCUGAGUAUGGAGAGGAUUCAUGUCAUAAUUCGCUUCCUUCCUGUUAUCUUCAACCAGCUCUUCAAAGUGCUCACCCAAAACGACACUGAUGAAGUGACCACCAGCACCACCAGGGUCCUGGUCCACAUCUUAGCUAAGUGCCAUGAGGAGAACCUGGGCCACUGUUUGCACUCUUACAUAAAGUUUGUCUUUAAGACUGAAGCGUGUGGCUUCAGAACGGUUCACGAAGAGUUGGCCAAGGGCAUGACCUCUGACCUGAAGAGCAACGACCAGUCGGUCAUACGCAGUAUCCUGAAGUUCUCGUGGUUCUUUCUCGAGAUCAUAGUGAAGUCGAUGGCGCAGCAUCUGCUCGACUCAAAUAAGCUUACGCUUCCUCGACCACAGCGAUUUCCUGGAUCUUUCCAGAGUCGAUUGGAAACCCUGAUCAUGACGAUGUCCGAUCACAUCUUCUGGAAGAAUAAAGAGCUGGCAGAGGAGACACGCAGCGCUAAUAUGGCCAUAGCGGCCUUUGUGAAGCGGUGCUUCACAUUCAUGGACAGAGGUUUCACCUUCAAACUGAUCAGUAACUACAUAAACAUGAUCACAGCCAGUGACAAUAAGAUGCUGUGUGAGCUGAAGUUUGAGUUCAUUAGGGAAGUGUGUAACUAUGAGCACUAUGUCCCUCUGAGUCUUCCCAUCCCGUCUGCACGAAUCACAGACAAGGCAUCACCGGAAACCCAAAGUGCUCAGGUGGACUUUCCGGAGUAUAGUUUGACGGAAGAGUUCUGCAGGAAACAUUUUCUCAUAGGACUGCUGUUGAGAGAGCUGGGGCUCGCUUUGCAAGACGAGCAAAACCUGAGACACCUCGCCCUGGCCUGCCUGAAGAACCUCAUGGCUAAACAUUCAUUGGACUCCCGUUAUGCCAUAAAGGAGAAACAGGCACGGAUAGCCUCUCUGUACCUGCCUCUUUAUGGUCUGAUCCUUGACAACAUGCCUCGCUUCUUCCUCAGAGAUCUGUUUCCAAUCUGCCUGACGGCCAGCGACCAGGGUUCCAGAGAUGAUGUCAGUGUCGGAGUAGGUUUAGCGGGUCAGGUGACCCAUGUUUUACGCCAUGGGAACUCGAUGGAUGCGUCCUUCUCCAAGGAAGUGCUCAACUCCAUUACAGCCUUUUCGUCAUUGGCCGUAUCAACCGCUAACAAUGCAGACUCCAGAGGCUCUCUCAUCAGCAUCGAGUCGAACCCCAGCAACAGUGACCGCAACAGUGAGAAGAUGGAUGGAUGUGAAAAGUUUGCCAGGCCGCAGUCUCUGAUUGGGUUUGGUGCACGCUUUGAUAAACUGGAUCAAGCGGAGACCAGAAGUCUGCUCAUAUGUUUCCUUCACAUCAUGAAGACCAUUUCAGAGGAGGUGCUGGUUUCAUACUGGCAUCGAGCCAUUCACCAGGAGAUCAGUGAUUUCUUCAAUAUCCUGGAACUAUGUCUCCAACACUUCCGGUUCCUUGGAAAGCGCCACAUUGCCAGGAAGCUAGCGGCCGCCGUUAAGCUGGCUCAGGCCACACAGAACAAUGGCACCCUGAAGGGGUCUAACGUGUCCUGCCAGUCUUCAGGGCUCCUACCCCAAUGGAUGCUCUCUGCUCAGGACGGGCACAGACACGCCCGCUCACAGACCAUGCCCAUCAUCAGGGGGAAGAACGCCCUCACCAACCCCAAACUGCUGCACAUGAUGGAGACAGAUGGAAAUGCAUCUGAAGGAGAAAACGUCAGCCCCACAGAUAUUGAAGCCAAUCUUUCUACUGAAGUCGCUCUGACCGUGUUGGAUGUUCUGGAUCUGUUUGUUCAUCAUCACAAGAAACGGUUGCAGCACGAUGAAGGGCAAAACUCUCUGAUGAAAAAAGUGUUUGACACGUACCUGCUGUUCUUCCAGAUCAACCAGUCCACCAGCACCCUCAGACACGUCUUCACCGCCCUGCGCCUCUUCAUUCAGAAGGUGAUUAAAGCUGUAAGUCAGCUGAUCGCUGAUGCAGGUAUCGGUGGUUCACGCUUCCAGCAGUCUCUGGCCAUCAUCAACAACUUCGCCAAUGGAGACACGCCACUUAAAAACACAACGCUCCCGGCUGAGGUGAAGGACCUGACCAAGAGGAUACGCACCGUCCUGAUGGCCACCUCCCAAAUGAAAGAGCAUGAAAAGGACCCGGAGAUGUUGGUGGACCUGCAGUACAGCCUCGCCAACUCCUACGCCAGCACACCUGAGCUCAGAUGCACCUGGCUAGAGAGCAUGGCCAAGAUCCACGUUAGGAACGGAGACCUGUCUGAGGCGGCCAUGUGCUAUAUCCACAUCUCAGCCCUCAUAGCAGAGUCUCUGAGGAGGAGAGUGCUGCACUUCAUAAUGAAAAAUGCUCAUUCCUGCCACUUGCUUUAUUCCUUAUACUGUUACUGGAAGUCUGAGAAGGGUCGGAUCUCAAGUGUGAGCAAAGAGGGAGCCUGUGUAAUUAACUCUAGCCCCUUACUAACUCCCCACGAUGGAGAAACAUCGUUCAGUAUGGGCUGGGCCGCCUUCAUGAACAUCUCUCCUAAUGUGAAAGAAGAGGGAGCGAUGAAGGAGGACGCCGGCACUCAGGACACUCCGUACACGGAGGACACACUGGUGGAGCAGCUGGAGAUGUGUGUGGAUUACCUCUGGAAAUCUGAGAGAUACGAGCUCAUCGCAGAGAUCAACAAGCCUGUUAUAGCUGUCUUCGAGAAGAGGCGAGAUUUCAAGCGGUUAUCAGAGCUGUACUACGACAUUCACCGCUCGUACCUGAAGGUGACAGAGGUGGUGCACUCUGAGAAACGCCUGUUUGGACGCUACUAUCGUGUGGCUUUCUAUGGACAGGCAGUGGGCUUCUUUGAGGAAGAGGAGAGUAAGGAGUUUAUCUACAAGGAGCCGAAGCUCACAGGACUGUCAGAGAUUUCUCAAAGACUCCUCAAACUCUACUCAGACAAGUUUGGAGCUGAUAACGUCAAGAUGAUCCAAGACUCCAACAAGGUGAAUCCUAAAGACCUGGACCCCAGAUUUGCCUACAUCCAGGUGACCUACGUAGUGCCUUAUUUUAAUGAGAAGGAACAGCUGGAGAAGAAGACCGACUUUGAGCGCCAUCACAACAUCAACCGCUUUGUCUUUGAGACGCCCUUCACGCUUUCUGGGAAAAAACAUGGAGACGUGGAGGAGCAGUGCAAAAGAAAAACCAUCCUGACCACGAGCUCCAGUUUUCCCUUCUUGAAGAAGCGUAUCGAGGUGGUGGAGCAGCAGAGCACAGAGAUGAACCCCAUCGAGGUGGCGAUCGACGAGAUGAGCCGCAAAGUGUCUGAGCUCAAUCAGCUGUGCGGCAUGGAGGAGGUGGACAUGAUCCGGCUGCAGCUCAAACUACAGGGCAGCGUCAGCGUGAAGGUAAAUGCUGGGCCCAUGGCCUACGCCCGAGCCUUCCUUGAGGAGAAGAACGCCAAGAAAUACCCAGACAACCAAGUCAAACUCCUGAAAGAGAUCUUCAGGCAGUUUGCAGACGCGUGUGGUCAGGCCUUGAAGGUGAAUGAGCGUCUCAUAAAAGAAGAUCAGCUGGAGUAUCAGGAGGAGAUGAAAGCUCACCAUAAAGACAUGCUGACCGAGCUCUCCGCCAUCAUGAACGAGCAGAUCCCGUACACAAGACAACCCGGAACAGAACGGCAUAGUGCCAUCUGAGCUGCUAGUGAGUUUGAGAAACUGCUCACAGACGUUUUUAUCCAGCAUGGCUUGUGGGUUUUUCUGACUAGAGGGAGUAAAAAAAAUGUUGAUUUUAAUGAAAUCGAAAUAGACAAAAAGGAAAAGAAUUGCAGUUUUGUGGACGAAGCAGUAUGCCGUGUCUUUGCCUGUGUAACACACACUCACUCACUCUCUCUCUCUCACACACACACACACACACACACACACACUCACUCACUCUCUC